GCUAAGAAAAGCACUGCUAAACAGCACAGCAUUUAUCGAGACCUACUGUUCCUGUCAUUCGUGGCUUUAGGCCGAGAAAACAUCAAUAAUACGGCCUUUGAUCGCGAAUAUAGACGCGCUUUCGAGUCGAUGACACCUAAGGAUCAGGAGGGACUCACAGCCAUUGAUAAGCCGCCAUCCAUUGGUAUCAUAUUCUGUCGCCGUUUCUUCAAAGAGCUCCAACUCAGACCACAAUCGGACACUACUUUGCUCACCAACUCUAUCAACAACGAUGAAGUGAUGGAGGCCUCUGUGGACGCCACCAAAGAGUCGGCCAUUAAACUGAACUCAAGUCACAAGAAGUCCCACAAAAGCAAACACAAGAGGCAUAAGAAUUCAGAUUCAGGUCAUGACAAGUGCUCUAAGCAUUCGUCCAAACACUCGAAGAAGUCGAAGAAGGAUAAGAAGAAGGAGAAGAAGCCGAAGCCUGUUGUGUCCAAAUCGGACGAAGAGUUGGAGGAAUUGAUUAAACGGAAGAAGGAGUUGGAGGAGAAGCUGAGGGAAGAGGAGCUGAUGAACACCUGUGCCAACGAUUCCAAGACUAGUCACUCGACCACAAGAGGCAGCGAAUCAAAUGGCGAUCAAUUGAAUGGUGUGAAUGUGAAUGGAUUCAUAGGUAAUGACUUAAAAGAUAACGAAUUGAGAGCUAAAGAUAAGCAGAAGAAUGUAUCGAAGAGUUCGAGAGAUGAGACACUUCUGGACUCUAACGACAGGAAAAGGAAAUCAAAUAACGAUUUAAACAAAAACGACAAACACUUGAAGUCGAGUGAGAAGUCUAUUAAAUCCGAAUCCAAACCGAAAAGCGUUUCCAAAGACAGCUCGAAGUCUAAGGAAAACCGAAACACAAGAGAGACCUCUAAUAGAGAUAAUAACAAAGAGGACAAGAGUUCAAAGGAUCCGAUGGUUAAGUCAACCGAAAGUUCAAAUACAGGCGACAAAAGACAACAUUCCGAAGACAAGCAUCACGUGAAGCGCAGCAGAAGUCGGUCCAGAGAUGACCGACAGAGACGUCAGACACCGGACAGGAGUAUACUCAAUUAA